AUGCCUCUGGGGCUGCUGACGGACGCGGAGGUCCAGUCGGCUCCUCCGGAGCUGUUCCAUUUGCGGCGCGAAGUGGCCGAGGGGACCAGCAGCAGCAGCAGCAGCAGCAGCAGCAGCAGCAGCAGCAGCAGGAAGGAGAGGGAGUUCAUAGAGGCGGCAGCUGCGGUGCUGCAGCAAGACCACGAGGCCGCUUUCACAGCUCGUUACCGGGAGGCGUCUUGGGGUCCGUUGGCGCCGAGUGUGGGGUCUGCGGAGUUCGCCGCUGCUGCUGCUGCUGCUGCUGCUGCUGCUGAGGGCGGUCCGGCGAAGGGCGAGGGGGCUGCGCGGGGCAGCAGCGGGCGGGGAGCGAAGGGGCCGUUGCGGGGCGACGCGGUGCUGCUGCACAGCAGCAACACGAGCGAGCGGAGCAGCGGCAGCGGCGGCAGCAGCGCGCGGAGCAGCAGCAGCCGCAGCAGCAGCAGCAGCAGCGCGCUGAGCAGCAGCUGGGAAGCGGACAGCGCGCGCGCGCGCCCCUGCGCCACGGCGGGCGCCCGGCAGCAGCAGCAGCAGCAGCAGCAGCGGCGCGGCGAGGGCUUCUUCAAAACGAAGAUGUGCGCGUUCCACGCGCGCGGGCAGUGCAAGUACGGGGCUGGCUGCAGCUACGCGCAUGCAGCCAGCGAAGUGCGCCAGCCCCUCAACCUGCGCAAAACGCGGCUGUGUCUUUCUUUCCAAAAGGGCCGCUGCAGCAACGCCAACUGCAACUUCGCCCACGGGGCCCACGAGUUGAGGGCCCCCCACGGGCUCUACAAGACGCAGCUUUGUCUCUUUUGGCUAGCUGGCCGCUGCGGGGCGGGGCGCAGCUGCCGGCACGCCCACGGAGACGAAGAGCUGCAGCAAAAGCCGCAGUCUCCUGGGCCUCCCCGCAGCAGCUCUCCAGCAAGAAAGGGACUUGCUGCUGCCAGGGGACACUCGGGGGCUUCUCUAGACACCCUAGCCGGCGAAUACCCCGACAGCACUUUGGGCUCUUCAGUGAGCACUGCGCCAGACGGGGGAGGGCCGGGAGGCGAUUUGCUCGGCGGCGGCAGCAGAGGCCCCGCCGCUGCUGCUGCUGCUGCUGCUGCUGGCGUUGCUGCUGCUGCUGCGGGCAUCGGGUCUCCGCUGGGCGAGGGGGCGCGGGGGAGAGAAGGGCCUGAGGAGAAGGAGACAUUUCAUGUGGAUGUACAGUGCAGAGGGAAAGCUGCUGCUGCUGUUGCUGCUGCUGCUGCACUUCCUUUUGAAUUGCAAGAAAGACAAAACCCGAAUUCUUUUAGCUGCAGAGUACCGAGAGAGAAGUGGAAGGAGGAGGCGCGGGGGCUGCGGCGGCAGCAGCAGCAGCAGAGGCACCCGCAGCAGCACCACCACGAGCCGCAGCAGCAGCAGCAGCAGGAGCUGCAGCAGCCGGAGCAGCAGCAGGAGACGCAGCAGCAGAGCCCACAGCACCCGCAGCUGCAAGGCAUUCCCCCCGCCUUCAGCCCUUCGUCAGUGCUGCCUCUGUACCCCUUAGAGGGCGGGCUAGAGGGGGAAGCAGCUGCUGCAGCAGCAGCAGCAGCAGCAGAUGCCGCCGAAGGCCUGCAGCUCUCGGGGCCGCGCAGCAGCGCAGCAGCAGCAGUCCCCCCGCGGCCCGACAGCUUUGCUGCGCCCCACAGCAGCAUUUGCCACCACCCCAACUGGAACGCCGUGCUGCAGCAGCAGCAGCAGCAGCAGCAGCACAAGGCUCCGCGAAAGCCAGCUGCCGGGAAUCCUCUUCUCGUUUUUUAG